CCAAUGCCUGGAGGAUCAGAGAAGUUUGUUGUUUGAAUUGAAGAGCGAUCUUAUAUUCAACAGCACUCAAUCACUAAAACUGGUGCUCUGGAAUCAGACUCAAGAUUGUUGCAACUGGGACGGUGUGGAAUGUGAUGGUGUGGGGCAUGUGAUCAAUUUGCAGCUCGAUGGGGAGGGAAUUUCGGGUGGGAUUCAUAACAUGUCAAGUCUUUCCGGCCUUCGGUACCUGGAGAAGCUAAACUUGGCUGGGAAUGACUUUGGAAGUCAGAUUCCAAGUGGGAUUCUCAACCUCAAACAUUUGAUGCAUUUGAAUUUAUCAGAUGCUGGUUUUCGUGGACAGGUUCCAAUUGAAGUUUCACUAAUGAGGAGAUUGGUCACUCUUGAUCUCUCAUAUAAACUCGGUUAUAACAGUCUAGAAAUUGAAGAUCUGAAUUUGAAGAUGCUUCUUCAGAAUCUAACCGGGCUAAGAGAGCUUUAUCUCGAUGGCAUUCAGAUGUCGUCAGCA